UGGCGGCCGGUAUGGCUGAAAUGGUUCUGUUUUUGUSCGUGGAAUUACGGCAUGGGAUAUGCUUACCCAUUUAAAAGUCUUUGUACAAUCAGUGCGUCGAGGCUCACAGAUUACUAUGGAAAGAAAAUCAAAGUUAAUUCGUAAGCGUAAGCUGAGUAGCAGGAGUAAAGAUGUYGUGRUCGUAGAAGCACAUGACAGCAAACAGCGCAAGACAAUGGUUGAAGAAAUUGGUGAGAAAACACAAAAACAGACUAACGGUUUGCACAGUAAAAGUGUUCUUCAGUUUGACAACGGAAAACAGAAAUCAUUCCUUUUGUUUCUUGCAAGUCAACAGACAGUUGCUAUCCAGGGCAAAGUUCAGCUAGAGGCCCUUAAGGGUAUCGUGGAUAUUUCAGGAUUCAAAUUCAAACCAAAUUCUCAAGCWAACAAGUUGUUUUCACCGAAUUCACAAAGUCUGCUGACAGUAAGAGAAUGYAGUGAAGAAAAUGGCAUUGCUAACAAUUUGGACUCUGGUUUAAAAAUGAGAAAUAUCCUUAGUUCUUUAAGUACUAAGAUCAAAAAAGGUGCUCUGGCCAGAGCUGAUAAAGCAUCUAGUGUCCUUUUGUUGGAUGGGUUUCAGUCCCUUGAAAUGGAUUUCAUUUGUCAAUACAAGGAAUAUAAAGGCAUUUUUACAAAGGAGUUACAUCAAGGAGAGGAUUGUACAACCGAGUCUGAAAAACUUAUUUGCAAAAUGACAUCUCCAUAUGGCUUUACACUGCUAGAAGCAGAUGAUAGAUAUUCAAUAUAUAAACAGCCAAYGGWGUGGAAUGACAUAAUURCYGAUAUCRCAGAGAGUGUAACAGAAACCAAUAAUGGGGAUGAAAAAUUCCCAGCUAUUCUUAUUUGUGGUGGUAAAGGGGUUGGCAAGUCAACCUUUGCAAGAACUGUCAUCAACAGCCUACUUAACAGUUGUAGAGAAGUCUGCUAUCUGGAAUGUGAUGUUGGACAGACAGAAUUGACUCCACCAGCAAUACUUUCCCUGRAUUGUAUCUCAAAGCCUCUUUUAGGGCCACCAUUUACACACUUACAAUGGCCAAAAAGAGCAUGUUUCUAUGGCGAUGUGUCACCUAAAGACAAUCCAGACCUGUACAUCAACUCCAUUUCCAGUCUCUAUAAUCAUUAUAAGAAAUAUUUGACUUCAAGGCCCCUUGUGAUCAAUACUCAAGGGUGGGUAAAAGGAUUUGGUAUUCCUUUGUUGAUGGAUGUGAUACGGAUUACCCRACCCACUUGUAUUGUUCAAAUAAAUUCCAAUCAAGCUACCAAAAACCUACCAACUAUUACCAGAGAAUUCCUGGACUUAUCACCUGGUUGGGUGUGGCCUGUUGAUGGCCAGGAGUUACAGCAACAUCCUGGGAAUCUUAUAAAUAGUCUGAAGGAAAAUGGCAAACAAAAAGAUGUUGAUAUAUCUGAUAUGCACCACAAAUCAYAUYCAACAAUCUACCAGAUUAAUGCUUGGACAGAUAAUGACCAGAAMUCAAGCUCAACUCUUCGUCCAGCAGACUACAGGGCAAUGAGUACAUUAGCUUACUUAAGUAAUGCCUUGCAAUCCUUACAAGUAGACAGCUUACUGCAUUGUAAGCCAUAYAAAGUGCCUUGGAGCAAGGUUGCYGUACAUGUCAAUCAUAGCAUGGUUCCAAGAAGUCAGCUGCUUGUUUCCCUAAAUGCRAGUAUUGUAGGUCUUGCAGUUUGUCCUUCUGCUGUUUUAGAUGAACAUGACAGCAAAUCUGGUCUUCCCAGGUUUAUCCAAGAAACCCCCAUUGCUGAAUGCGUUGGAUUAGGAAUACUGCGAAAUAUUGACCCUGUCAAUCAACUUUUCUACAUCAUUACUCCAGUCCCUCUCACUCAACUUCAAAGAGUGAAUACACUACUCAAAGGGAGCCUGGAAAUACCAGCACCACUUUUAUUAAAGAGUGGUCAAGCAGGUGCACCAUAUUUGUCUUCCGAGUUUUCUUAYGAAAUUAAGGGAGCUGGAGCAAGAAAAGUACGCUAUAACCUACAGAGAAAGAAGUUUAAUUCCCCUGCAAGACCUGAUUUAUAAUGGUGGUUGUUUGCUUAUAUCAAGUACAAACUCAUUUAAUGAAAUGCUCUCAAUUUCUCAGUAAAACCCAGUUUUUUUCCCAUUGUCUACAAGACAUAAUCUUUUAAGUGAUGCCCUGGUUAUUGAGAUGCCUC